AGAGGCAGAGGUAGAGGCAGAGGCAUAGCCGCAUAGCUAGCUGUGUGAGCUUCACGGGCAUACCUGGCCCUGAAUCAUCUAUACUCUGCGUUACAUGUUCAGCAAUCUUAUCAUAUGUCAUUUGCCCAUUCUGUCCUCUAAGGCUCUUAUGCGCGAGUCCAUGACGUGCCAACCUUCAUCACCUUACAUACGCCCACAUCAGAGUAAAUGAUGGCGGCCAACGGCCAAGACACGAAGCACGAUGUGAAGCAGGGCAAACCGCAAUUAUCCGGCAAUGACGAGACCUCGGAGGAGAAGCAGCUUCAACGUGAUUUGAAGCACCUAGAUCUUCUCCUUGCCAAGUGUCGAGAUAUGCGAACCACCAUACCUCGGAUGCUUGGCGGUAUGCCGGAAGUGGCUCAAAACAAUCCCGAAUCUCUAGAAGCCUUGUUUAGUGAACUGGUCAGCCACAUGAAAAGCGCCGGCACCGAGAUCCAAGACUUCGCAGCGCUGUACAAUAGCGAGGAUAAUAAAAAGGUGCUCGAAAAGGCCAGAAAGAGUCGUGCUGCCAAUCCGAAGGGCAUCAAGACCUGGCUUUACAAGGACCACCCAGACUGGGCAGAUGUGCCUCGAUGAAAAGGGGCUCCCUCGGCAUCCCUUUGCAACCAAUGCCAGCUGUGCUCUCAAUUUUAUUGAUUGAUUGGUUGAUUUGAAAGCUUUUGAUUUUGCGAUGGAACAUUCCUAUCAUCGGCGUUUAUCAUGGGACGGUCGUCAAACGGAAGGCAUACUUUUUUACAUAUGGUGUCUAGGAGUUCUUGGUUUACCGUGAGUUACCUAGUACACAGGCAGUACACAGGCAGUAGUAGGUACAUGGGCAGAUUUAUACCUGAAAUUCGAAAAUAUACCAUUGCAGUAAGGACUCUCUCCCUCUCACACUUGAGCUGUCCACAAAGCCAUUAUCACCGCCUUCAUACAAUAUCGAACGAAUUCCCAAUCAAUCCGUAGCUAGAACAUAUCGAGGUACGUAAUAUAGAAAAUAACUUCACCUACAACCAGGUAUUGUUACGAUCUUAGGUUGAGUUAAACUUCCCUUGAUAAAGCUAAAGCAGAGAGACCAUGGCCAGGUGGAGAGCGCGUCUUCGCUUACUUAAAGUGGCUUAGACCCUUUGCCAUCGGCCAUCUGCCACUGCGCGAGCCGCA